CUGCCUCAGCCUCCUGAGUAGCUGGGAUUACAGGUGCACACCACCACACCCGGCUAAUUUUUGUAUUGUUAGUAGAGACGGGGUUUCUUCAUUUUGAUCAGGCUGAUCUGGAACUCUUGACCUCGUGAUCCGCCUGCCUCAGCCUCCCAAAGUGCUGGGAUUACAGGCGUGAGCCACCGCGCCCGGCUGGGAGGUCACUUUAAGGAGGGCUGCCUAACUGCAAGGGCGCUGUAAGCAGGAAGUGAAACCACAGCAUUUCAAAAAAAAGAGCGGACUGGGACAAGCGUAUCUAAGAGGCUGAACAUGAAUCCACAGAUCAGAAAGCGGAUGGAGCGGAUGUAUCGACGCACAUUCUACUACAACUUUGAAAAUGAACCCAUCCUCUAUGGUCGGAGGUACACCUGGCUGUGCUACAAAGUGAAAAUAAGGAACUACUCCUCAAAGCUCCGUUGGUACACAGGGGUCUUUCAAGGCCAGGUGUGUUUCCAGCCUGAGGACCACGCAGAAAUGUGCUUCCUCUCUUGGUUCUGUGGCAAGCAGCUGCCUGCUUACAAGCGCGUCCAGAUCACCUGGUUUGUAUCCUGGAACCCCUGCCUGGACUGUGUGGCAAAGGUGACCGAAUUCCUGGCUGAGCACCCCAAUGUCACCCUGACCAUCUCCGCCGCCCGCCUCUACUACUACUGGGGUAGAGAUUGGCGGAGGGCGCUCCGCAGGCUGUAUGAGGCAGGGGCUCGCGUGAAGAUCAUGGACGAUGAAGAAUUUGCAUACUGCUGGGAAAACUUUGUGCACAAUGAAGGUCAGCCAUUCAUGCCUUGGGACAAAUUCGAUGACAAUUAUGCAUUCCUGCACUACAUGCUAAAGGAGAUUCUCAGAAACCCAAUGGAGGCAAUGUAUCCACACAUAUUCUACUUCCACUUUGAAAACCUAGAGAAAGCCUAUGGUCGGAAUGAAACCUGGCUGUGCUUCACCGUGGAAAUUAUAAAGCAGUACUUACCUGUCCCCUGGAAGAAGGGGGUCUUCCGAAACCAGGUUGAUCCUGAGACCCAUUGUCAUGCAGAAAAGUGCUUCCUCUCUUGGUUCUGCAACAACACACUGUCUCCUAAGAAAAACUACCAGGUCACCUGGUACACAUCUUGGAGCCCUUGUCCAGAGUGUGCAGGGGAAGUGGCGGAGUUCCUGGUCGAGCACAGCAACGUGAAGCUCACCAUCUAUACCGCCCGCCUCUACUACUUCUGGGAUACAGAUUACCAGGAGGGGCUCCGCAGCCUGAGUGAGGAAGGGGCCUCCGUGGAGAUCAUGGACUACGAAGAUUUUCAAUAUUGUUGGGAAAACUUUGUGUACGAUGAUGGUGAGCCAUUCAAGCGUUGGAAGGGACUAAAAACCAACUUUCAAUCUCUGACAAGACGCCUACGGGAGAUUCUUCAGUGAGGGGUCUCCCCGGGCCUCAUGGUCUGUCUCCUCUAGCCUCCUGCUCAUGCUGCGGGGGCCUCCCCUCCACCCUGGACCAGCUCUGCUUUUUCCUGGUCAUCCUGAGCCCCUCCUGCCCUCAGGGCCAUUCCACAGUGCUCCCCUGCCUCACUGCCCCCUCCCCGCUCUCCCAGGCUCUUCUUGCAGAGGCCCCUUUCUGCUUCUAUGGUUAUCUCCAUCCACCUCCCCAGUCCUGUUUCCCCAGCCUGGGUGCUCCUAACCUGCCUCUUCCCAUCUCCCCAGCACAACCAAAAAAAAAAAUUUUUUUUUUUUUGAGACGGAGUUUCGCUCCAUCACCCAGACUGGAGUGCAAUGGCUGGAUCUCGGCUCACUGCAAAC